GAUCUUUUGGUACAUUUUUAAAAGCCGUUUUACUCAUAGCUCUUAAUUAAUAUAAUUUUAUUAUCAUCAGAUUAGCAUCAUAAUGCCGAAGAAAAGCAAAGUGAACAAGUUAGCUCGCAUGUCUGAUGAGGAACGUGCUCGUUACCUUCAACAUCGAGCUGACAUGGAAGAAGAAGCUCGGAGACGCAAGCAGGAGUUGAUAGCACGGUUUAUAAAGAACAAACUUGAUAAAGAAGAGGCGUACUCUCGUAUGAACACAGCAAAGAUUAACCAAGAAUGGAGAUAUAUUUUACGCAAAAUAAAAUGCAAACAGAUGGCUUUGGAUAUACAGGGUAUGGUAAGCAGCUUUAACUUCAUAAUGGAACGAAAAGACCGGCUUCUAAAAUCACUGAUGCAAGCUCUGGAAGAUUCGGACGAGCAACAUCGACGCGCGUUCCAAGCGCAUACAGAAAACGUCAGCUAUUUCUUAAGUAUAGGUUCUCAACGGCUUGAUAAACUCCAAACUGAGUACGAUUUUCAGAAAAAUACUCUCCUUGAAAAUUGGGAGAAGGAAGAAAUAGACAUAUCAGAUAGUCAGGAGAGAUCAGAGUUCAAGCUGAUUCUAAUAAAAUAUAUACAAGACCGCGAUUUCAUAGCGUACAAAAAACAUAAAGAGUUAGAAAUGGCUACGGCAAAAAAUGAUGCUAAGCUAGAGCAUGAGGAAGAAAUGCGGAGUCUCUGUCAUCCGAAACAGCUAGAGAUCGAGACUUAUUGGUCGAAACUUCGCGAAGUUUACGCUUCGUAUCUAGAGCAACAUAAUCCUAUUAUGGCACAUUACCAAGCGCUUCGGGAGAAAGACGACUUCUACCAGAGGGAUAUUGCGAGAAAUGAGAUACAAAUUCAACAAGCAACUGAAACCGUAAUGACACUUCAAAACGAAUGGCUGAAAACAACGAAUGUGAUGGAGAGCAAACUAUCUCGCAUGCAGAGCCGUAAAGAAGAGUUGUCCAAGAAGUACUGGCAGAUGAAGAAGGAUUUGAACGCCGAGAAGAAUAAAGGCGAAGAAAAGCUAACUAUCAUGGUCAAUGCUAGCCAAGAUGCAAUAAAUCGCCUCGAACAAGUGAAAGAGAAAUUAAACAAAAUAAUGCAAAUGACUGAGAUAUGCCGCAAAUACGAGUUUGAAAACGAUGUUUUAACACUUGACGAAAUUGAAAAUGACAUAAUUGGUCCUGACGAAUAUGAAAAUCUUGAUGGCCCUAUGAUCAACGAAUGCAAAGAAUACAGUAAGAUGGACAAAUUCUUGUUAAAACUAAACAGAGCUAAAGUCCAGACAAUGUGCCUGAAGACCGAAAAAGCCAAACUGGCUAAAGAAAACAUUCAAUUAAAACAUUACAUUAAGAAAUACCUCACAGAACUCGCUUUGAGAGGCAAAGACAGACCGACGAGCGUGAAACAUCAAUCGGAAAAUAAAGUAAACUGCAAUGGCAAAGCGCUGAAUCGACCGGUCACCUGCAUAGAAGGCGCCUUGUGCAAUGCUGUGAUGCACGAGAAACGAAUGAAAAACUUGGACAAGAAGAACAAGAUUGUUGGAGGAGUUCGCGCCUACCCAAGAGUUCAGUGCUGGAUGGAACCUUCAUAAUUUUGUGUCAAUAUAGAAUAUUUAUUACAAAUAUUACGGCUGGCUUUAGUUGAAUCGAAAUUUAAAGCGCGCCCAAGAGAAUGCACUUUAAUAUCAAUAACAUUAGGUAUAGAUUUUAGAUAGGCCUCCAUAGAUAUUAGAAAUAUUGUAAAAAAAUUGGUUCAGUUUGAAAAUCAAUAAAACUUCUUAUGACAAAAA